AUGUCGAUGAACAUCGCAGCCCAGGCCUCGGACGUACGGCUCCUCGUCGACGAGGCCCGGUCGCUCGUCUCGCAGCUGUAUGACCCGGCCAAUACGGGAAAUCCCGCCAAGAUCAAAGUGAUCCAGGAGCAGUUACAGGGGUUUCAGAAAGGUCCACAGGCGUGGCUGGUGGCCAACAGUCUGCUGAAUGAGGACCACACGGACUUGAAAUUCUUUGGUGCCUUGACCUUUACGGUCAAAAUCAAUCAAGACUGGCAACAAUUAAGCGAACAGGAGGGACAGGAAUUGCUGGGUCGACUAAUAGAUCACUAUGUCUUCCUGGUGAACGGAGGAGGACAGCCCUUCGUCGUACGGAAGCUGGCAACGAGCCUCGCAACCAUCUUUUUGAAGGCGAACUCCCCUUGGGCGCAUGCGAUUUGGAACCUUGCUGCGUCACUGGCGAAUGGGAAGUAUAUCUCAGAGGAACAGUGUCAGUCCGUUGACUUGCAGAAUGCCGUUCUUCCCGCCAUGGCAGAACGCCAGGUGAUGGCCUUACUGUAUUUCGCCAACAUUCUGGGGGAAGAGAUCAAUAAGUGGAGCUCCGAAUCUCGUCGGGGAGCCGAUAGUGAUCGGAUCUCCAAGAAUGCGCAGGAUGCCUUCCUCGUCGUCGAAUUUGUGCUCCGCCAUAUCGUGCAGCAGGAGGUUUCCGGAAAUCCUCUAUCUGACGGUUCGCUCGGGAUCGAGGCCAUCAAUGCUUUCCAUUCAUGGAUGGGAGUCCGAAGUGCUCUUCAGCUACGUGACACAAUACCUGCUUCGCAGCUGAGCUCUACCACGGACUACGUGAUCCAGAGUAUGAAGAUCUCAACUCUGUCCAAAACCGCGACGCAGGUCCUCGUUGAGCUCAUAGACUGGCGCGACAGCAUCUCCACCCCGGAGCAUCUCAAUGCCGUUUUGGAAUACAUUGUUAGCGACUUUGGCUCCAGCCAUAUUGCUGCACUGAUGGAGUCCGAUUUUGACGAAGACAACCUGACAUUUUUGGAGCUACUUCUGGCCUACUCAACGCUAAAACAAAGAGAAAUUCUGAUACAGCCCUUGGACGCGCAGCAUGAGAAGGUGGUUGCUCUUCUGCACAUGCUAUUCAAGGCUCCUGGAUACGCCGCAGUUGAUGAUACCGCUUCACCUUUGGCCCUGGAGUGGUGGACUGAGGUGGCCGAUGACAUGCAGGAGAUAUUCCUAGGCAGCGAAGAGCAGACGGGGCUGGGGGCCGCCAAACAGAACCUAGCCCGCGCGGCCAUGGACUGCUUUGAAAAGCUCAAGUACCCAAGCACCAAGGAAUUGAAAGGGUGGAAUGACGACGACCGCAGCGAGUUUGGUUCUUUUCGCCGGGACGUGUGCGAUUUCCUCCUGGCAAUCUACCCCAUGUUGGGGGUAGAAUUGGUGCAGGUAUUCCAGGAUAAAGCGAGAUCGUCCCUCAUACAGCAGGAUUGGGCAACCUUCGAGGCUGCCAUUUUCUGCAUCGCGCAGCUUUCCGAGGCGGUCGAUGAGAAUCAGCAUGCGGACGAAUGCCUCAAUGCGAUAUUCUUCUGCGACCAGUUUGCACAGCUCUGUGAGAGCGGGGGAUUGGCAAUCCCCGAUAAAGCUCGCCAAAGCUUGGUCGACACGCUAGGAAGAUACCAAUCGUACUUUGAACGCACCCAGUCCUUGCUUCCCCGCGUGCUCACCUUCCUCUUUGCGUCCCUAGACAUCGUGUCGUGUGCCUCCGCGGCAUCCAAAUCGAUAUCAUACCUGUGCAAAUCAUGUCGCAACGCCCUCACGUUCGAGCUCCCGGCGUUCGUGGAUCAAUUCGAGCACUUCCGGUACAAGCCCACUGCCACCGCCCAAACGAUGGAGAAGGUUCUUGAAGGCAUUGCGGCUAUCAUCCAAACUGUCCCUUCAGAUGAGGAUAAAUCCCAGUUUCUGCAGCGAAUCUUGACGUUUUUCCGUGAGCAAGCGGAGUUGGCACGUGAGGAAGCCAGCCAGGGAUUGGUUGACCAAGCUCGCUCGCGGGGACAGAUGUCGCUCCGCUGUAUCGCUAGUGUGGGAAAAGGCCUUCGAGCGGAUGGCGAAAUUGUCUUGGAUUCCGAUGAUGCCAGCAGUGCAGAUUCAUACCCUCCGACAUUCUGGAAUACAGGGAAUGGCGCAGCUUCGCAAACCUUAAUUAUGCAGUGCAUGCAGCUGCUGAUGACCGACUUUCCAUUGGACGUCUCCAUCAUCGAAGCGGCGUGUGACAUCCUCAAAGCUGGCUUCACGGAACGGACAGGCCCUUACGUAUUCCCACCCAUGGUGGCCGUUAACUUCGUGAAGAGCAUCCCGCUUGGCAGUGCUGGUACCGACAUGGUCAUGGCUACGGCCUCCGCAUUCUUGGCAUCCCACAGCGCACAUCCCCAAAAGGUGCGGGAAGAAACGGUAGCAUUGAUCGUGCAUGUGUACGAAACGUUCUGCUGGAUGCACGAAAAGCCAGAACUCUACGACCCCGAGGUUGCGAACAGUGGGAUUGACUUCCUGACCCGCCUGCUCCCCAAGUACCACCCCUUUCUGUUUACACUCACAUCUACGCCCCCGGGCGCGGCUCAGAGGCCACCGGUUCUCCAAGCGAUCCUCAACUUCACCCUUCUCUCCCUCCAAGAUACCGAACCGCUCCCCCUCCGCUCUGCGUCUCAAUUCUGGGUCAGCGUAGUGAAUCUGUCUGGAGAGGCUGAGCCCGUCAUGGGCGCGCUCAACGACUGCCUCCCUGCCCUGUGUCGGAUCCUGAUCACGCAAGUCUCCGGUCGGUGUGCGCGAUCCGACCUGGAGCAUCUCUGCGAGGUGCUCCGGAGGGUCAUCUUCAAGCACCAGGGACUCGCCCGGCCACACCUUACAGCAGCACUCGCCGAGGUCGGGAACGAGCCGACCAAUCAGCACCAUCAUCCCGUCGUAUCGCCGGAGGAGAAACAGCGCUUCCUUGCGUCUCUGCUCGCUGCCCGGGGCGCCAAGUCACAGACGGUCCAGAUGACUCGGUCAUUCUGGGUAAAGUGUCGGGGAGCCGGCUUUGACUACACUGGGUAG